AAAAAUCGGCGGGCACACCACUCCAAAAAUAAUAAUAAAAAAAGAGUUUCUCUCUUUCGGUUUCAAAACAUUGUAAUUUUCGAUACAAAAGAGAAAACACCGGGCGAUGAACAGGACGCCGCAGACACCUGCCACACCGGGAACUCCUGGAACACCUGGAACUCCUGGCAGCUUGGCCAUGGAAGUGGCUCGGGUCCAAAACUCUGCACUGGCGGAGUUCAAGAAACCCUCGCCAAUGGUGCGCCGUAAAAACAAACCGAAGAUCCUCACGGAGGAGAAGUAUAUCGAGGAGAUGUCCAAGAUCAUCCAGCGGGACUUUUUUCCGGAUCUCGAGAAGCUGCGCGCCCAGAAUGAUUACCUGGACGCGGAAUCACGGCGGGACUUUGUCCAAAUGGCUGAGAUUCGGGAGCGAUACAGUCUGGGCAGGAUUCCCGGAACGGGAAGGAACAUGGGCAGAAGGAACAACCAGCGAAACAAUGCCAUGUCUCCGGCCACAUUUGAGACGCCAGUUAGCCAGGCCAACGGUAGCAAUACCCCGUUUCCCAAUUCCCGGGCCAACGACACCCCUUUGUCCACAACCAGCUCCGAGAAGAGCAUCGCCGAGGGCAGAGACACAACUUCGAAGCUCUCCCUCGACGCCUUCCUGCAAAGCUACACCAGCGAGGAUAACCAGAGCUUCCAGGAGAUCAUCGAGACGGCGGAGGCGAAGCUUCGCCAGAAGUACGCUGUGCUGUACAACCACGAGAAACUGUCCGCGGAGCAACUGCAGCGUGCUCUAAUGCUGCCGAGCAUAGAGAAGCAAUUCGAGGAGCCGGAUCCGUUGAGGAAAAUAGAAACGUGGAACUACACGAACAUGAACUCAAUAAUGUAUGUGCCCGAUGGCGUGGAGUACACGGAGGAGGAGCGUGUCCAGUUGGCGGAGCGUAAGCAGAGCAUCCAACACAAUGCCACCCGGCUGCCAGAUGAAGCUAAACACGAGACGGAGGGUAAAAAGAUGGAUGAGGUGCCCGCCAAGGGAGCAAAUGAAUCCACUGCCACACCAAGGAUACGAGGAUUUGAUCUACUGCGUUCCCCAUCCCCAAGACCCGGAGAGGCCUUCUCGCCCAUCAUGACUUGGGGUGAGAUCGACGGCACUCCCUUUCGUCUCGAUGGAGGCGAUACACCAUUGCGACCCACGCAGGGACCCUCGUUUCGGAUCAACGAGAACUCGCGGCGCGAAAACAUUGCCAUCGCUCUGGCAGAAAAGGUCAGCGAAAAGAUGCGGAACCAAAAGCAAAUGGCCUUGGACACGGCGCGUCGGAACAUUGGAUCCCCACUGAUUCGCACUAACAUGGAGCGACUGGCCAGCAUGUCGCCAGCAGCUCAGUUGCUGGCCACCGGAAAGCUGGGGCUCCGCGGAACGCCAAGAUCAUCGCACACGCCGUCGCCUCUGAGCGCCCGCAAACGCAAGAUUACGCCUGGAGUUGUGAGGAACACCACCACGACGCCACUGGGUCCACCGAAACAACAGCCGGGCAAAAUUAGCACACCGGCCAAGAGCUCCGGCAUUGAUACGGGCUCCACGCUAACUGAUGACCUGCUCAAGAUUCCCACAAAGCGACGCACUGCAGCCGAUUUCUUCUAGCAUAUAUUACCUUCUCUGUUCAAGUUUAGUUUCAAUGCAAUACCUCAUUAUCCUUGAACUUUACUGCUAAUAACAAAAUAGAAAGACCCAUUCCCAGGAGUUGGUUAAAUGAUGAUAAGAGA